AUGGGCCGAGGCUCAAAGAAGCAGCCGACAUGGGAAGAUCAGGACGGAGGCUAUGGCCACGACUCCUCUUCUACUGGAUGGCACUAUUGGCGGGGCGCCUACAAUGCGUCUCCCAAAGCACCUCCUGCUCGAGCGCCUACCCGCUACGACCAGCAGCCGGAAAAAGGGCGCGGGAAACAUGGGAAGGAGAAUACCACCUCUGUCCCCUGGAGGCCUGCGGCCGACGAUGGCCAACCGGUCAGCGUGAUGCAGGCCGUACAGAAGGCACUAUCUGCCACUCGCAAGGCAGAUCAGCGGAUCCGUCGCUUGCAAGAGGAGAAGGAGAAGAAAGACAAGUGCUGGAAGCUGUGGAAGGAGAAUGCGAAGCGCGAGUACGCCAAGCAGAAGCGCCUGUACGAGGAAGACCUCGCGAGGAUAGACAGGGAGCUGCACGAGACCGCCGACACCGGCGCCGCAGCCGCGGCACGUGUACAGGAGCUGGUGCUUCGAGGACAAGAAGCUCUACAACCGGCUGUCGAAGAGGUGGCAGCGGACGGCGAGUGGGAACAGCUCAUGCAAGCCGAGCCAACCGAGGAACCACAAGGCUACUUUCGAGAGGCCCUACGAGCAGCCCAGGCAGUGGAGUCACCUCGCAUGCCAGACAACCAACUGCGAAUGGCUCUUAUGAACUCUGGACUGCAGACACCUGCCCGACCCAAGCCGGCCGCACUGUCGAUGAGAUCACCACUACCGUCUACCCUGCUACAGAGGCCUGCACAUACCAGUGCUCCGGUGCCUAUGGAGCCUACUGCACCCGAAGAGAACUCGGGUGCAGUACAUCCGAUCGUGGAUCCUUACUCAGUCGCUGCGGGCGUUUCACCUACGGUGGCCAUGGCAGCUGUUACGGGGCAGCUUCCUGCUUUUGGACCGCCCCCAGGGUUUGGCAGCCCGUCACAGGCACCGCGACAUCCAGGACAACGCGAUCCGGAAGCCUCCCGCUCCAGAGAAGAGCCCCCGAGGCAGAACGUCAAGGACGCCACCAAAUCCAAGCCGGCACCGGCGGUGACACACGGAAGCCUCGAGGACAAGCUCAAUGCGAAAAGGGAGCAAGCUCUUGGUACAGCGCUCACCCCGUUUGGCCUCGGGGCUGCGGUUUCGUCCCACGAGGUGACAGAUGGUGGACCCCCAGCGACCGGUCGCCCCAAUCUUCUGGCGAAUGCGCAGAUCGAGGAGGACGACGACGAGGAACUCACGGGCGAAGAAUGGCCGGAGCCUCCGGCAACAUGA